AUGCAACGACAUCGCGAGAUCGUCAAUGACAUCGCCGCCUCGGUGCGCGCCCUGUUCGACCGCGGCGAGCCGUACCGCAUCGCCCAUGGCUCCACCAACAGCACCCGCCCGCGGCCGGGCAGGGCCCAGGCCGCCUUUGUCGACAUCAGCGCCCUCUCGCACGUGGUCGCCGUCGACGCCGCAGCCCGCACCGCCCUCGUCGAGGCCAACGUCCCCAUGGACCGCCUGGUCGAGGCCACCCUGCGCCACGGCCUCGUGCCCCCCGUCGUCAUGGAGUUCCCCGGCAUCACCGCCGGCGGCGGCUUUGCCGGCACCGCGGGCGAGAGCAGCUCCUUCCGCCACGGCUUCUUCGACGAGUGUGUCAACUUUGUCGAGAUGGUCCUCGGCAACGGCGACGUGGUGCGCGCCGCGCCCGACGAGCGUCCCGAUCUCUUCCGCGGCGCCGCGGGCGCUCUGGGCACCCUCGGCAUCGUCACCAUGAUGGAGCUGCGCCUCGUCGAGGCCAAGCGCUGGGUCAAGACGACGUACCACCGCACCACCGCCGUCGCCCACACCCUCGCCAAGCUCCGCGCCGAGACCGGCGACCCGGCCAACCACUACGUCGACGGCAUCCUCUUCUCCCCCAACCACGGCGUAGUCGUCUCCGGCUCCAUGACCGACGACAAGCCGGCCGACGUCGCCCCGCAAACCUUUAGCAGGGCCAAGGACCCGUGGUUCUACCUCCACGCCCGCGCCAAGACGGAGCACCCGUCGACCACGGCCACCGACUACAUCCCCCUCGCAGAGUACCUCUUCCGUUACGACCGCGGUGGCUUCUGGGUCGGCGAGGGCGCCUUUUCCAUCUUCAAGCUCCCUUUCAACCGCUUCUUCCGCUGGCUCCUCGACGACCUCCUGCACACACGCAUGCUCUACCGCGCGCGCCACGCCAGCGGCACCGCCUCGUCCUCUUUCGUAAUUCAGGACCUCGCCCUGCCCUACGCCACGGCCGGUGAGUUUGUCGACUACACGGCCAGCAACUUCGGCAUCUGGCCCCUUUGGCUGUGUCCCCUCAAGCACACACUCUUGCCCACCUUUCACCCCAACACGGCCUCCACUUGCACCGGCUCUUAUUCCACCGCGGCGCCCUCUCCCACCGCGGCGCCCGACCAAGUGGUCAGCAUUGGCCUCUGGGGCUGGGGUCCCCUUGAGCACGACGCCUUCGUCGCGGCCAACCGCGCCCUCGAGAACAAGCUGGCGCAACUGGGCGGGCGCAAGUGGCUCUACGCGCAGACCUUUUACUCCGAGGACGAGUUCUGGGGCGUCUACGCCGGCUUCCGCGGCCUGUACACGGCCCUGCGCGAAAAGUACCACGCCACCACGCUGCCGACCAUGUACGACAAGGUGUGCCCCGAAGCACGCCGGCAGCCCCGCCGCCGGUCGCCGGCGUGGCUUGCCAUCACGCGGCCCGUCAAGGGCGUGUAUGGCAUCUGGAAGGGCAUCUUGAGCGGUGACCAUAAAAUGCACCGAAAUGCCGAGUGGAAGUACGUGGCGGACAGCUCGCCAAGGGGCGCCGAGAAGGCUCAUCAAGCAUAA